AUGGCUGAGACCGCGACUAAACAGGCGACCCCGUCCUUUGUCGGGACCAGCAAGGUCGUCCAGACCGAUUACCCUCUCAUUGACAACGACCCUCAUUUCAAGCGAGUCGUUGGAUAUGCUCGAACCUCGGAUUACCUCGCCGGCACCGCCGCUGCCGCAUUCGCUCCUGCAGCCCUCUACGCUCUUGAGAAGUUCGCCCCGUCACACGUAGGAAAAGGUGGUUUUGCUAAGGCCAUGCGAUUGGCCGGAGGCGUCGGUGUCUUGGGUGGUUUUCUCUACUUCUACCAAAGAUCGGCCCUCCGAUUCUACGGUGCCACUGAAAACUCCCGCGAAAUUGAGAUGGACAUGCGCGAGAUGGUUGACAAGGUUAAGAAGGGAGAGCCUCUAUAUGGUGUUAGUCGGCUAAGCCCUCAUCUUCAGGGUGUCGCUGCCCGGCAGAGCAGGUACUCUGCUCUUUUCCUCAGCACGAUCCCCUGGUUCAACUUUGUCAACCACAACCAGCACGGUGUUGACACAGCCAAGUACUACCAACAGGCUGAGCGAGAAUUAGAGGCGGAGCGCUCGUGA